AUGGAUCUAUCAGACCUGUUUUGGUCUGGUGGAUCAACUCUCAGUCAUCUAGGUGAGCCAUGGGCAAGUGACUUGCCCACACGUGAAGGAAUCCAAUUCUUUUUGAAUCUAUGCUCAUUGCAAGAAGAGUUAUGUCGGCUCGCAUGCAAGGCGCAACAGUUGACACAGUGGGCAUUAGAAUACCAGGCAAACAUUGACUCUGUCAACACACAGAAUGUUGGUGGCUUAGAUGAGAGACACACCAUCACAGUCUGUUUACAUGCGGGGCUGCAAAAGGAGGUGUGUCAGCUUUGGUUUCACUGGAAUGCAGAUUUAGUUAAUGCGUUCAGGUCAACAGCAAUCUAUCUUCCCAGCCGUGACCAAUUGGCACACGAUCAGGAGCUUGUCACUCAAUGGAAAGGCCUCAUGGAAGGACUAUUUGGACACUGGGAACCAAUUUUAACCAGAGUUGCUGUUGGAGAAGAAGAAGAUUACGGUAUUGCUGCAGCAGAUGAGGCUGAAGCAGAAGAGAACUGUCUAAUGACUUCUGAGAAUUUUGACAUGAUUGAGGAUGACUAUUGCAAUACAUAA